AUGGAUCAUGUGUUGUCUUCCCUCUUUUGCUUCAUCCAGGCCUGCAGCCCCGUCCAGGUAUCUGUGGCCUCAAGGACCCCCGGGUGCGAGGGUUGGAACCCCUCUGCCUCCGUCUCUGGCCAUAGUAACACUCCGGUGGUGAAGCCUCGCUGUCGCUCCGUCAGUGUGGGGGAACAGUGGCUCCAGCAGAACAGGCUGCAGCCUAUGACUGCUUCCCCCUCCCGCACUCACUGCUCCUUCAGGAAGGGUCGUGGUGAGGCCAAAAAGUGCCGUAAGGUGUAUGGAGUGGAGCGCAAGGAUCAGUGGUGCACCGCCUGUCGCUGGAAAAAAGCCUGCCAGCGCUUCCCCGACUAAAGACUGUUGUGUGAUGAAGAGCGAGAGCAUGAGAGACGAAGACGUGAAUGAAUGGAUGAAUGAUAAAAAGAGACUUUUAUCAAAAAGAGGAUAUAAUCCUGGGCCUGAGAGCCUAUAAGAAAAAACACAUUUCUGUUUUUAUUUUCAGGCUACAUCCACAUAAAUACAUUUUUCGUGUUAAAACACAUAAUAUUGAUACAUUAACGCCUAGUGUCCACAUAACAAAAUUGGUGAUUUUGAACCAAUAAAGCAGAGACUUUUGAAACAUUGCUGACCCCAUUUAAGUCUGAAAAUUCUGGGAUUUCAGUCCGGACAGGCAGGAACAGAAUCUUUUGAAAUGAUGAAGCCUACGUUAGCUUACUGUUCUUUUACAGGCAGAAAUAGAGUCUUUUAAAAGGCUAAAGCCUACGCUAGCUUACUUUUCUUGCACAGGUGGAAACAGUCUUUUCAAAGCUAACACUAACUGUUGUUUUAAAGGCAAAAAAACAUUUAUUUUGAAAAUGCUAAAGCCUACGUUAGCUUACUGUUCUUGAAAAGGCAGAAACAGAGUCUUUUAAAAAUGCUAAAGCCUAUGUUAGCUUACGGUUGCUUGACAGGAGGAGAAAUUGUUUUUUGAAAGUGCUAAAGCCUACGCUAGUUUACUGUUCUUGUACAAGUGGAAACGGUCUUUUUAAAUCCUAUGUCAGCGUACUGUUGUUUAACAGGCAACUGAUUAUUUUGAAAUGAUGACGCUUACGUUAGCUUACUUUUUGCAUGUCUUUGUAGAUCCUGUCCUUUCCCACUUCAACAGGUCCCUAUUACUUAUUUUACCGAAAAGCAACAACAUUAAUGUAUCUGCUUUGCACUGACUCCCAAUCUAUGGAUUAUUUUCACGGCAUUUACCGCCUUAAUAUUUUUGCGUUUCUGUCAGUAACAGUUGAACCUCGUCUCUGGUGAUACUUUCCGCCAUUGCUGUUGUUCUUAUGUAGUACUUUCUGGAACUAAACAACUAACCUCACAGUAGACAAUCAGUUUUCUGUUUACACCGGCACACGCAGACCCAGUGUAAAUGAAUGGUCAUGUGAUGUGUGUUAUCAGGCGUGUUAAUAUUGGCGGAGGUUCUUUCUGAAACGGUGCUAAAACGCUUGUGUUUACGGAGAUCGUAUCCGUGUGGAUGUAGCCUCAACCUUUUAAUUUUCUUUCUGAAGAAAUGCAAAUGAACUUUUCUGUAUCUUUGUAACUUGAUCCUGAAAACUGAAGUCUGCGAUGGUGCUAACUGUUGACUGACUUUAACCAUGUGACGUGCUAAGCCUACAAUACUCUUCUACUUUAUCCAAAGGUUAUAUAACUGCCCCUGUAGCUCCACUGUAUUAGAUUGCUACUUGGCUGUUUUUCUUUAUUCCAACCUUCUCUUCCAGUGGUUACACAGUGGUUAUGAUGUACAUUAUAUUGUGUGCUUUGAGUUACGUACGAGUAUUUUAUACCUUUUUUUUUAUUGUCUCGUUCUGCCUGUGUAUUGGGCAGAUUAUUUUUUGGGAACUUUCAUGUUUUUUGGCACUUUGUUGGAAUAUAAACUUACAAGAAUAAGCUAAAAUUGGUUCGACUCAACCAAGUUCAUAUUUUCUUCCUGCCCAUGUGUUGGCAUACGACCAGUGUUAAAGGUUUUAUCCCUGAAGCUAUCGAGUCAUGACAGUGGGACGACUAGCGUUAGGGAAACGAGUUUGUAAUAGCAAUAAAUAAGAGAAAAAAUAUAUUGUCAAACACAAAUUAAAAAGCACUGAUAACUUGAAAUGUAUUUUUU